AUGGUCCAAACGUCACUUGCGGCAAUUGUCAGCUCCGCUCUGCUCGGGUCCAUAGGCGGCUUCGAUUCCGGCUCCGCGAACAGGAGCGCAGUCGAAGCGCCCGUGGCCCAUCUGACGAAUAUCGGGCACUAUCAAAGCUUCCGCCUGUCGGAAAGCAUCAGCGGCCUGGAUUUACCGCAUCCCGUCGACGCCUGGCUCGGCAUCGACUAUGCCCUCCAGCCAGUCGGCGAGAGACGCUUCACGCCCUUGGACAGCCCGCCUGCGCGGUUCGACGGCAUCAGAGACGCGACUCGCUUCGGGCCCGUCUGCACGCAGGACAAAGCUGACGGCCAUGGCGGAGCCGGCCAGUCGGAGGCAUGUCUCAACUUCAACGUGUAUCGGCCGGCUGGCAUACCGAUGACGCAGAAGCUGCCUACGCUGGUCUGGAUCCACGGCGGCGCCUUUUCGCUCUACUCGGGGCGCACCAUGGACGGCGGCUCCUUUGUCGCGUCCUCGGCGCAGCCCGUCAUGGUCGUCACCUUCAACUACCGUCUGAAUUCCCUCGGGUUUCUCCCGAGCCGGCUCUUUGAGCGCCUCGGCCUGCUGAACCUCGGGCUCCGGGACCAGCACUUUUUUCUGCGGUUUCUGCAGACGCACCUGCCCGCGUUUGGCGGCGACACGGAGCAGGUCACCCUGGGGGGCCUGUCGGCCGGCGCGCACUCGGCGGCGUUUGCCCACUGCCAUAACUACGGAGAGGACCAGGACGCGCCGCUGUUUGCGCGCGUGCUGCUCCAGUCUGGGGCCGCGACGGCGCGGGCGUUUCCGGACGUGCGCUACCCGCGCUAUGAGAGCGACUUUGAAGAGUUGAUGCAGCAUGUGGGCUGCCGUGUGGACGAGGCGGACGAGGAGCAGAUACGGUGCCUGCGCCAGGCGCCGAUUGACAAGAUGGAGGAAAUCAGCUCUAGGAUCUACGCAGAGGCCGAGAGCAAGCUGAACUGGCCCUGGCAGCCGGUGCUCGGCGGGCCGCGCCUGGAGCAGCCCGGCUCGCAGUGCUACCAGGAGGGGAGCUUCUACGAAGUACCCAUCAUCACGACACACACGACGGACGAGGGCAAGUACUACACGCCCGGCCAUCUGGAGACGAAUGAUGAUUUUGUGCGGUUUUGGCAGCACCUGAGCCCGCACCUCAACGUGACGGACCUCGCGAUACUGAACGAGCUGUACCCGGACCCGGUGGCGCACCCGGACUCGGUGUGGGCGCAGUCGCCCAACAGCACGCAGUACAACCGCGUGUCCGGGGCGUGGUCGGACAUGGCGUACAUGUGCCCGAGCCGGGCGACGGCGUCUGCGACGGCGGGCCGCGGGGUGCCGACGUGGCGGCUGCGGUUCAACACGCCGGGCCACCCGCUCGAGGCCCACGGCUGGCGCGGGAUCCCGCACGCGUCCGACGCGGCGUACUUUUGGAACGAGGCCGCCGUUCCGUUUCCAGACGUGGCGCGGACGUACCACGCCUACAUGGCGAGCUUUGUGGCGGCGGGCGAUCCGAACCGGUUCCGACGCCAGGGCGCGCCGGAAUGGCCAGCGUAUGACGGCGGCGCCUGUCCGAGGCAGCUUUCCGUUAGUCCGGGUGCGGUCAGAGCGGAAUGCGAUGGGCUGAGGAAACGGCAGUGUGCGUUUUGGAACGACGGCGAGCGCGCGCAGAGACUGAAUAAAUAA